ACUUCCUGGUUUCUGGAAGAGAGAGAGAGAGAGAGAGAGAGAGAGAGAGAGAGAGAGAGAGAGAGAGAGAGAGACAGAGAGAGAGAGAGAGAGAGAGAGAGAGAGAGACAGAGAGACAGAGAGACAGAGAGAGAGAGAGGGAGGAAGUAGCAGCCUGUGUGCAGGGAGGGAGUGGCCGGACGUAUAAAAGACAGCGUCUCUUCCUUCUUUCUGCAUUUAACUCUGCUUCUCUUCCUGCAACCUGAGACAGCACCUGCACAGGAUGUCGUGGCAGGCGUACGUAGAUUCCCUGACGGGUCCUGACUCCAGCGGGAAUAAAACCAUCGAGGAUGCCGCCAUCUGUGGGUUAGCAUCCGGAGCAGAGAGCAUCUGGGCCAGCUCACCAGGCCUCAGCAGCCUGACGGCGGACCAGAUAAAGAAGCUGGCCGGUAACUCCAGCGCUCUGCGUGAGUGCGGCCCGUCUAUAGGGGAAAUGAAGUGCAUGCUGCUCACAGACGACUCUGAAAAUCCCAGCAGCUACUGCAUGCACCUGAAGGCCUCGAAGAACCACGGAGGCUUCAACAUCUGCGUCGGCAAGGCCAAGACAGCUAUGGUCAUAGCUAAAGGUAAAGACGGCACCGCUGGUAACCAGGUGUCCACCAGGGUGUUCCCCAUCGUUAAAUACCUGCGGGACGCCGGAUACUGAGACCCCCGCCUUCCUCCAAACCAGCCCCCCCCCCCGCCCCCCCCGCCCUGCCUGCCGCUGUUUGGAGCCCAUUUCAUUCUUUAGAUUUAUAUCUUUUUGCUGGAGUGUCAAACUCAGUUUUCCAUUACGGCCAAACUGGAAAAUGAGAAUCCCAUCUCAGGCCUGACGUGUGUAGUUCAUUGCUUUAAUUACAUCGAGAAAGUCAAAUAUGUCUGACUGUGUUAUUGCAUGUCUCAUAUGGUCUUCUCUCUUAACAGUUUGGUCGACAAAAAAUGUCAAAGAUAAUGCCAAAAAAAUUGUAGAAAAAACAGCAAAAAGGCGUAAAAAAUAAUGUUGAAAAAAGUGACAAAAAGUAAGGUCACUAGGGCUGGAUUUGAGUUUGACACGUAUGCUUUAGAGUCUGCCAUCAGGGAAAAUAAAAAGUGUUGAGAGUUGUUUUCGUGUAACGAGUGUAAUGAGUGGCGAGCGUGUGACGACCGUGUGUGAUUUAAACCGGACCGCGGGGAGCCAGUGUUACAAAUUUUUAUUUUUGUGUACAGUGGAGAGAGACAGACCAACGGUCCAAUCAGCUCACACUGUCCCUGGUCAACAACAUAAAUAAACUAUAUCAAAAUAUUACAUGUUUUUUCUCUGUAGAC